AUGCACAGACGCAGUGUCUCCAGGUCAACUUCCCUUAGACGAAACACAGCCCCAUCUCGCCCUGCCCCAGUGCGUGAGUGCCACCGCCGCACACACUCUCACUCUGCAGCCACAAGGAGUGACUCAGGCUCACGUUCCCAGCAGAGCCAGUCAUAUCAUGUAGAGCUGUCGAACACACUGUAUGGGGGAGACCUGCGCACACCUGAUACCCCGAGCCUUAUGACGCAGAGCAUGGACCCAGCUAUCCUGUCGCAGUUGGCUGGCAGUGGCCCCAGGGGGCAAGUGGACCCAAUGUCACUGAGCCUAGGGGCAGAGCAGAUGUCUCGAUCGUUGGGCAUAGAUCCCAUGUCCCGGUCAAUGGGCGAAGAGGAGAUGAAGCGUUGCCUGGAGUUGGACCCUAUGACACAGAGCCAGGGCCCAGAACAGCUAGCACGAAGCUUGGCACAGCCUGAACCCUGUGGUGGACUGAUGACACGCAGCUUGGACCUAGGCCCCAUGACCAAUGGAGAGGCAGAGGUGUGGGGUGAGCGCACACUUCUACCACCCACUGGCCACCCCAGGCCUACCAGCCUCUUUGGGGAUGAGAAGGACCUGGUGCUAGAGGAUGUGACAGCCCAAGAGAGCAGUAGCCAGCUAGUGGGUUCAACCAAGUUUGUCCCAGCUCCUGAGAGCAUCAUGAGUCCUGAGUACCAGGCAGCUGUAGCUUCUGCACGCUCUGCUCAGGGUCACGGGACCUCUAGUCAGUGUUCUUCCUCCUCGCGUGCACAACACAGUUCAAGUGCCGUUGUCCGCUCAAACUCUGCCUCCAGAUCCCAGCGUCCUCCUCCGUCCGCAAGGCCCACGUCUGCACCUCAAGCUUCCCCAAGACAAACAGCAGUGCGGUCAUCAUCAGUUACUAGGCCUCGAGCCUCACCCAUGAAAAGUCCAGCCACAGUUGAUCUCAUACGGGGCUCCCCUUCCCGCCCCUCCCAGCGUCCUGCAAGUGGUUCCUCCUCCUCAACCGCUGCAUCAGGGCUCUCUACACUACCUAGACCAAAGCCUUCUCCCCGACUCUCGCCCAGAUACGCACGCUCUGGCUCAGUGGAACCCUCACCAAGACGUCAAGGGUCAGCCAAGAAGAACAAAGUGCCAUCACCACACCAUGGCUACUCAGAUGCGGACUCGGACAACACGGACUCGGAGAUGUCUCUAUCGAAGUUGCAGACAAUCAAGAGUAUUGCAGCAGAGAGAAAACAGACAGAAAAGCGAACACGAGACAACAGCCGAUCAUCCUCAUCACAUGCUUAUGACCCAGAAAAGUACAAGGGAGGAGCAGCUAUCAGGAGUUCCAGCAACAAUGGCCGUCGUAGGUCAAGCAACAGCAGUAGUGGAAGCAGCACAGCGACCUCAGACAUGAACAAAACACAAGCAGCCAUCACACUGCAGAAGCACUGGAGAGGUUACCAGACAAGAAACAAUGAUCCCAAGGCAGCUAAAAUUAGGGAUGACAUCAGACAUUCCAGGGCAGAACAACACAUCAAACACUUGACGGAGAAACUGCGCAGCACAGAGGAAGCCCUCGAGCGUGAAAGACGGCUACGGCACAUGCAAUUAGAUGCCAUCCGCACACUCUGGAGGGAAAUCCAGAAGCUGCAGGUCAAUAAGCGUGAUGGUGUGAACACCCCAUCCACCCCUAUGACCCCACUAACCCCCCUCACACCUUUAGAUGCCAAGGAGGGAGCCACAGGUGGUCCCAAGAAGUACUCUGAAGAGAGUGUCAAAGAGCUUACACAGUUCUGCCAAUCAUUGCAGGGCCAGGUGGGGCAGCUUCAGGAGUCGCUGACAAUGGUCACUCAGGUGAUGAAUGCCUUCUGCAACCUUCCUGGGUCACAAUCACUGCUGACAAUGUCGCAGUCAAGUGGGUCUGGCCAUGAGCGAUCACCAGGUGGUGCAGAUUCACCCAACUCCCAGAGUGCAGGAGCUCCUACAGCCCCUCUCAGUGAGUCAGUCACGUCAUUGACACACUCCAUCCGUGCACUUACCACCUCCAUUGUCAAGUCCCCUUCAGCACAUGUGGAGAGAAGAGUGUCAAGUGAUGGCCUUAUGGAAGCAUGUGGGGAGAACAGUGGCAGAGAAGGUAGUAGGAGGACCAGCUGUGAGGGUGGCAAUUGCAGUGAUGGCUCUGAGGGUACCCCAGUUGCUUGCCAGAAACAGCACAGCCACCUCGACCACCUCAAAAACACUGAGAUGGUUAAUUCAGUUACAUCGUUGGCUUCAGCUGACCUCAACUCAACUGCCUUGGAUGCCUCCACACUUUCUGUUGAUUCAGCAGAAGGAGGUGAGGCGGAUGCAACAGGUCGUGAUGAGGCAGAGCUCUCUGAAUCCAGCCAGUCUUCUCUCUCGGGGAGUCUCUCGGGAAGCCACUCUGGCAACCAAUCAGGGGGCUCAGCUAGACAGGCAGCUACACAGGGGCCUCCAAGACCCUCCUCCCUCCCAGUCCCACGCCCUCACACACCACGCAGCACUGCCUCCUGACCC